AUGGUAAAGGAUUGCAUAGACUAUGCCCGAAGGUGCCAAGCUUGUCAAUAUCAUGCAAACUUUAUUCAUCAGCCACCAGAACCUCUACACCCAACAGUUGCAUCUUGGCCAUUUGAUGCUUGGGGACUUGAUGUGGUUGGCCCAAUUACGCCUAAGUCAUCUGCAGGGCAUGCCUACAUAUUAGCUGCCACCGAUUACUUUUCAAAAUGGGCUGAAGCCGUGGCAUUGAAGGAGGUGAAGAAAGAAAAUGUUGCAGACUUUCUCCGUGUCCACAUCGUCUAUCGAUUUGGUAUCCCGCGAUAUAUCUUAACAGAUAACGGGAAGCCCUUUGACAACAACUUCAUCCAAGUUCAUGGGUCCAAUUUUCCACUUUAUAUGGCGGUAUCUGGGUAA